AUCUUCCAACGAUAAUCUCUACUUUCAUAUAUUUUGUGAUUUGUAUUGUAAUCAACAGUUUGGAGUUCUUGAAUUAGUUACAGAAAUGCAUUCAUUUAAAAAAAUCGAUCCGCAAUUGACAAAUUCAAACUCGGAUAAAAAUUUAUUGAAAUAUUUCACUAAUUUUAAGAGCUUCAUUGAAGUAACAAAUAAAAAGUUUGUCUUACCAGAAUGCUAUUCAGAAUUUAUGGAACAAAUUGAAAAUUUCGAAGUUUAUGAUAGUGAUGUAUUUAUAUUAUCAUAUCCAAAAACUGGCACUACAUGGGCCCAAGAAAUGGUAUGGUGUAUUGGAAAUAACUUAGAAUUCAGUGAUACAUAUAUUACUUUACGAGUUCCACUGUUGGAACAUAGUUCGCUGAUUGGUAAUCGCGAAAAUCCUGAGUCUUCCUACUUACCUUCUUUGGAAUACAUUCGUGAUUUACCACAUCCAAGAUACAUCAAAUCUCAUUUACCUUGGGAUCUUUUACCAAAGCAAAUACGAACGGGAGAACGUAAACCGAAAAUUAUUUGCACAUUUCGUGAUCCAAAAGAUACAGCCGUAUCGAUGUAUCAUUAUUGUCGAACUUUUUAUGGAUUUUCUGGGAAUUUUAAUGAUAUGAUGGAUUUAUUUUUAAAUGGGCGCAUAAUAUUUGGUCCAUUUCCAGCACAUGUAUUAAGUUUCAACGAACAAAGGCAUCGUGAAAACGUUUUAGUUAUCAAAUAUGCAGAAAUGAAAAGUGAUUUGAGAUCAGUAAUAAAACAAGUGAUACAAUUUUUAGAUAAAAAUUAUUCGGAUGACGAAAUUUCAAAACUUGAAAAACAUUUAUCGUUUGAAUCAAUGAAGAAUAAUCCGGCUGUUAAUGACAGCCAUCGCUUUAGUCAUGAUGGUGGCAAAUUUUUGCGUGCGGGUAUUGUUGGUAGCUAUAAAUCGGAAAUGACGCCGGAAUUAAUUGAACGAUUUGAUAAAUGGAUUCUGGAUAAUUUUGGCGAAAUGAAAACAAUAUUUUAAUAUGGAAAGUAAAAGGUAAUUAUUGGACUUACGUUGGAAAUAAAUCAUCAAUUCUUGAAAAUAAAAUGUUUAUCACAGAUGGUUAUGUAAUGCCAAACAUCUUAAAAUUGUGUGCCUUGUCCUUGCCAAAUAAUUAUUAUACAUAUAAAU